AAUAUAAGAAUUGCAACAACAUCUACAUAACUAAUCAUACAUAACCUCAAAGUCAAAUUGUCGUCUACUUGUAAUGUCUGUGGUAUCAAAUCGAAAGAAUUAUUGCGAAUAAAAAAAUAUUACAAAAUGAAUAAAUUAGUUAAUUGCUGUAAAUAUUUUUCUAAAAUUACAGUUAAUACAACAAAAAAUCAAUAUUUUAUAAGAGAAUAUGCUUCUCAUUUAUCGGACUAUAACGUUAAAUGGGUUAGACCUGAACCAGUAUGCAUAACAGAACCAAAAAAAAGCGGUGAUUUGGGUAUACCUCAUGAUAUAAAAGCAACAAACUUACUUGCAGGAUAUGACAAGUCGAAAGAACUCCAAGAUUGGAAAUUUUAUAUUAGUGCCGAUGAGAUUGUAAAAAAAUUAGUUACAUUAGAAUUUCACCCUCGAAAAGAAACUAUACAUCUGAGAAGGGAAAAAAUAUUGGAACUGGUAAAAAGGCAUAAAUUAGAUCGUGGAUCUCCAGAGACUAAGAUUGCUGCAAUGACAGCAGAAAUAUUACAGUUACAAGAAAUCAUAAAAAAAAAUCCUAGAGAUAAGAAGAAGAAAGUAUUUUUAAAGGAAAUAAUAGAAAAAAGAAACAAAUAUUUGAGAAUAAUGCGUACAUGGGAUUAUAAGCGUUUCGAAUGGAUUUUAGAAAAAUUAAAUCUUAUUUAUAAAAAACCACCUCUAGAUAAUACUCCACCAUAUAGGAAGGAUUCUCUAAGGAAAUUAACCCAGAAGUUAUGCGAUAAAAUAAAACAAGAGAAAUUGAAUGCUUAUAAAGCAGAAUUACAAAAUCAGCAGAAAUUAUUUUAUAAACAGAAAUUGGAAGACUUUAUUUUCAUUAGAAACGAGGAAUUAGAAUUAGGCAUAGAAUCCACUAUAACGGAAGAUGAUAUUGAAAAUGUAAGAAAAAAAUUGAAUGAGUUCUAAAAGAAAUAAACGAGUUAAUACGAGCGCCA